GCCGGACGCUACUCGUCCUUUUUGCAGUGUACACGCAAGAGAAAAAAUGUCAGAAUUUCACGAAGUGGACGAAACGCAUGAACGGGCGCCCCUGAUCUCCAAAGAUUUUGCAGAGACGUCACUCUCUAAUAGAAAAACAACCAGCUAUAGCGCCCUGAGUAUUGAAAAAGGACACCCGAAUGGAGGAUUUCACGGCAGUUCCAUGGGACACGACAAACAGCCCAAUGGCUUUAUGAACGGGAAAGUCAGUCACGGUGGAGGUGAACACGGGUAUAUGUUCGGUGGACGGAAAAGAGUCCUAUCGACUAGACUCAGUUUCUCCGAGUCGUUCGAUAAAAUCAAGCUUACCUGGCACGAUAUCAAUGUGUUUGUCCCGCCGCCUGAGCGGAAGUGGUUUCAUUGCCUUAGAAACGGAGACGGGAGAGCCGAACCUGGGGCCAAGCAGAUUCUGAGCAAUGUAAGCGGUUACGUGGAACCUGGAACACUUCUAGCUAUACUGGGGGCAAGCGGUGCUGGCAAAACUACCCUCCUGAACGUGCUCAAUUCUCGCAACCGUGGUAACUUGAUUGUUGAUGGCGACAUACGUGUCAAUGACAAGUUGAUAGGCAAAGGGAUCACCAGUGUGUCUGCGUACGUCCAACAGGAUGACGUAUUCGUAGGGGCGCUCAAGGUGAAGGAACACCUGUGGUUUCAGGCAAUGCUCCGCAUGGAUCCAGAGAUAUCUUUUAAAGACAGGGAGAGAAGAAUGAAAGAAGUGAUGCAUGAGAUGAGUCUGACCAAGUGUCAGGACACCAGUAUAGGUAUACCAGGGAGGGUGAAAGGCAUUUCUGGAGGCGAGAUGAAGAGGCUGUCAUUUGCCGCUGAGUUGCUGACCAACCCCCCUUUGAUGUUUUGCGACGAGCCGACCUCGGGGCUGGACAGCUACAUGGCCCAAAAUGUGGUGGACACACUGAAGAGAAUGGCAGCUACAGGGAAAACUGUCGUCUGCACCAUCCACCAGCCGUCGUCCGAAGUGUUUGCCAUGUUUGAUAGAAUAUUGCUAAUGGCCGAGGGCAGAGUGGCAUACAUGGGCCCAGCAAAGGACACAUUAGAAUACUUCAAGAGCGGUGGCUUCACCUGUCCCGUAAACUAUAACCCGGCUGACUUCUUCAUCCACACCCUGGCUAUUGUACCGGGAGAGGAGGCGGAGUGUCAGGAUAUCGUCAAGCGAGUUUGUCAUCAGUACCAGAACUCGGAUUACCGUGACGCCGUCUUGAAGAAGGUGGCCAAAAAUUAUUCUGAUCACACCCAGUAUGAAGAGGCAUUUGCAGACAGAUCACCAUACAAGGCCACGUGGCUUGAACAGUUUCGCGCUGUCACCUGGCGGUGUGGUCUGUCUAACAUACGAAACCCAGGAAUUACCAGAACGAGGCUGUUCCAGACAUUGUUUAUCGCCGUGGUUGUCGGUUUGAUUUAUUGGCAGCAGCCAAACAGCCAAGCAGCCGUUCAGAACAUCAAUGGAGCCAUGUUUCUGUGGCUGACCAAUAUGACGUUUGCCAACUGCCUCAAUGUUGUCAACACGUUCCCAUUAGAAAUGCCUGUAUUCCGCAGAGAACACCACAACGGCAUGUACAGAGCCGAUGUUUACUUCCUGGGCAAAAUGGCUGCUGAGCUUCCCAUAUUCCUGUUCCUGCCAGUGAUAUUCGUGACUAUCAGCUAUUGGAUGAUAGGUCUGUACCCGACGGCCGAUGCCUUCUUCUACUCCAUGGCAGUUGUGACACUAGUAACUCUGGUCGCCGUUUCUUGGGGUUACAUUGUAUCAUGCGUCACAGACGACAUUGUCAUCAGUACAGCUAUAGCGCCACCUUCAAUAAUGCCGUUACUGCUGUUUGGUGGGUUCUUCUUGAACAACGCGUCUAUUCCUCCGUACUUUACAUGGCUGAGUUCCAUAUCGUGGUUUACAUACGCCAAUGAGCUUUUGGUUACUAACCAAUGGGCGAAUUAUGGGAACAUUACUUGCGCAGGAGCGGACAGUACACGAUGUUACCAAGACGGACAUGACGUCAUAAGCAGCCUUGCCUUCACAGUGUCGGAUGAAACGCUCAACUGGGUCGUUCUUGGUGCUAUGAUCCUCAUCUUCAGAAUAUUUGCUUUCAUUUGCUUUCUACUGCGAUCGUACAAAAAGUAGACUGACCUUCGAUAGCGUUUUCC